GGAGCGGGGCCGGGAUCGGGAACGGGAUCGGGAUCGGGAACGGGGAGGGAUCGGGAUCGGGGCCGCGAUGGCGCUGGACGUGCGGCGCCUGGAGGCGCUGAGCCUGCAGGAGCUCAGCGCGCUGCUGGACGACGAGGAGCAGCUGCAGGACAUGGCCCGCGAGAUGGAAGAGGCCCAAAAUGUUCAGCACAGCAAGGACAUGACUCUCGCCAGCAACCGCAGUCUGGCAGAAGGAAAUCUCUUGUACCAGCCAAAGUUGGAGUCUUUGAAAUCAAAUUUGACUGAAAAAUAUCAAGAGCUGCAAGUUCUUUUUGAAGCAUACCAGAUAAAGAAAACAAAACUAGACAGACAAUCCAGCAAUGCUUCCCUGGAGACCCUACUGGCUCUGCUGCAGACCGAGGGGGCAAAGAUUGAGGAAGACACAGAGAAUAUGGCAGAAAAAUUCCUUGAUGGUGAAAUACCACUGGAUUCCUUCAUUGAUGAGUACCAGAGCAAGAGGAAACUGGCUCACCUGCGCCGGGUGAAGAUUGAGAAGCUCCAAGAAAUGGUGCUGAAGGGACAGAGACUUCCUCAGGUUCAGCCUCCAGCUCAGCCCAGAGCGCCCGAGACAACACCAGCACCUCAAGAUUCCUACAAGCCGGAUGCAAACACUCCUCCUUCCGUCGUGCCCCGACGGAUACCACCCCCCCCACCCUCCUCAGUCCCAGCAGGACGCUUCCCUACUCCGUUUACCGCAGCCAUGAGCUCAGGACCAGCUCUUUCUUAUCCAGGUGCUCCAUACCCUCCUCUCCCGCCUCGCCCAGGGGAUGUUCAGCCCACAAGUCAAAUGCCACAGCCAGGAUACCCAUCUCAGUUUGUACCACAGUAUCCUCCAGCUCUUCCCCAAAGACCACCUCGUGUUCCGCCACAUCCUGGCUUUAUCCUCCAGUAAAUAUUCCGGUGCGCCUGACUUAUUGUAUUGGUGCUUAUAUUUCCUUUUCCCCCCCAUCAGAGACUUGCUGUAGCAAUGGGAAGCCUCUGUUCUUUGCACAAUGGAGUACAAAGGCCGAGCUGUGGCACAGAGGUUUGCAAUUGCUUUGGUAAAUGUGAUGAUGUUUGUGUUCAAAGGUGACAAGGUUUUCCUGAGAAGGUGAGAGGGUCUAAAUUUUAUAAAUCCAUCGAAUGGGGAAGCCGCCUGUGGUGGAUUUCCUGACCUUACCAACCGAGUCACGCUCUGAAUUCUUUAGUGAUGGUAGAUCAGCAUCCUCUUCUGCCCUGGUGGGUUCCCAUCACAGCUGGAUGUAUGUGUGGCAAAUGGGAGCUGUUUGUGUCUCUAAGGAAUUCUCUGUUGGUGCCCAUAUCUGCUGGGCAAGGGGCGUGCACUGGGUCUCCUUGACAUCCUUUUGCAUUCAGGGCCAGGUGCACAACAUUCUCAGAGCUCACUGAGCUGCAACUCUUGUCAGAACACGGUGGGUGGUUUUCAGGCAGGGAAAACUACAAGAGUUUCAUUUCUGCAUUUCAGUUGUUACCUUAGAGUUCUUGUAAUCAGAGUAGGCACUCCUUCCACUCCUGAACAGCUCGAUACCCUCAAAGUCCUGGUCUCUUGAAAUGAAACUAAACUGUUUGUAGAGCCAGUUUAGAGUUUUAUAGACACUUUACCAGGCAGUUUUAUUUCCUUGCCUGUUAAGACUUUUUCUUACAGUUGUUUUUUUCUCCUUUUCCACACCUUGGAUACACAACUGAUUUUUUUACACAGGUGCUUAGCUUUUUGAUAUCAUGUGAUUCCAGGAAUCUAGGCAGGGUAUUUUCUUAAUCAAAUACUGGAUUUUCACAUGUAAUUGCCCACUUGAAGAUUCACAAUUUCAUUUUAUCCCUUAACUCUGUCUCUCACUUAGCAGAACUAUUUUUAACUUCCCAUUUCCUUUAGUUGUGCAGUUUUGGGCACGUGUAUCCAUCUGGAAUUUGCAGUUAACGUUCCUCUGCAAGUAGGCAAAACAGAAAAACUUUAUGAACUCCACGGUGGCUGUUUGCAUCUUACAGGAUCUGUUCUUGACUUAUGCCACUGGAGAGGAGGCAUUUUAGGACAGCUCACAUUUCAUUCUCAGUGUGAUUCUCCAAGCUUAAGGUGCAGACAUGUGCUGGUAUUUUAAUCCAGCACUGGGGGAGGCAAAUCUUAACACUUGUUGUUUGCACAGAAUGUGUCUGUGAAUUUGUUAUCAAUCAGUCCAGAAUCUGUCAUAGCCCCUGGUUAUUUCAGAGCAUUUUGGUAUCACUGUCCUGGAAUGCACUACAUUGUUUGGAAGUUUGUACUACAAACAACAUCAGUCAGAAUAGAAUAUUUAUUUUUUUCUUUACAUAAGGCCCUGAACUGUCCCUUAAUCAUUUCCUCUGGAGUGUGGUGCUUAGCAAAUACUAAUCUGAAAUUAAGCUCAUAACAGGAAGCUCUCGAUUCUGAAAAUAUGAUCAUUUGACUUGUUUUGCCUUCUGAAGACAAAGGGCAGAAGGUUGGUCAGUGUUAUUGGCAUCUGAACCAAUUCCCCAGUGUAAGUCUGGCAAGUUUUUAUAGAUGGGGGAUUUUGUGAAGCAACGUGCAUUGGAUUUGUUUGCUAAGUGUGUUUUUUCUGUAAUCUAGUGAUGGUACAGGAUGUGUUUUUUUAAAAAAAAUAGUGUAAUAUCUUUACUUGGUAUUAUUUUCUCACUGAAGCUUUGUAUAAGCAUGGUUAAUUAUGACUCGUUUCAAAGUAAUUUUGCUGUGCUUUUAGUGCUGGUAUUUGGAUGGCAGCUGUUGUAUCUGGAUCCUAAACAUAAGUCUGCUGUAGAAAUGGUUUGUGUCCUGGAAAGAAUUAAAGUGGAUGGGGGCUACCAGAGUGGUGACUGAGUACAGGAAUUCAUACUUUGAGCCUGCUACACAAAAACACUCUCAAAUCAGUUUAACUAAGAUUUCAUAAAAACAACCAGGUAUAUUUUACACUUAUCAAGUGCCAACUUUUUUCUGAGGGUUGAAAGUCCUCAGAAGUGAUGGAGGUGAUGGAUAAGUGUAUUGUGAAUUUGCACUGCGUUUUGUGUAUGGAACUUUCUUGGUAUUAGUAGUCCAAAAAUAUUUUUACUACUUGUUAAAUCUUCUGUCUUUUGGUAACUUUUGUGAUAACAAUGACCUUUCAGGGAUACUUUAUCUAAAAACAAACUCUUGUGCACACUAAAUAACAGACAAAGCUAAUGCAAUUUUUCUGUCUGAAAGCAAAACAAUGCAUUAUUGCAUAUGCAUGUGGCUGAUGUGCCUUAGGAUCACUACUGGUGAUUGUAAUUCUAGGAAAUUAGCAUUUUUAUAAUUUGAAUGGCCAUUGCUUAACUCUGAUUUAAGGGCUCUUCAAGAGCACUGAUUUUACAAAGAAACUCACCCUCAUACUUCAGAAAAAAAACAGCUGUAUCUGCUAUUUGUAAGCUUCUAGUUGCCUUCACUGAUGGGUAAGUUUGAACAUAGGUGAUGUAACUGAUGUGGUGUCUCAGUUAUUACAGUCUCAUAACUGAAGUCCAGCUGCUCAUGGACAACGUUUUGCCAUUAAUUUGUGUGUGUGUGUGGGCACAAACUGUAAAUAUUUACUUGACUGCUGGUGAUGUUUAAGGGGAAAGGAGAAAAAUGGCUGUGGAAAGCUGUUUAAAUCCUUCCAGCAACAAACUUGAAACACUAACCUGGAUCAGUUGGGCAAGAGCUGUGUCAGUGCUUUCAACCUGUUGCCCUUGAACAGCUUCUCCUGUUCUGUUAUAGCUAAUAUAUAAAUUCUGCUCUGGCUAGGAUGUUUAGAGUUGUACUAAUUUGCACUGUUUAUAAGAUAGUGAGAUUAAAAUGCCAUAGGCAAGCUGAGACUUGAGAGGGGGGUGGCUCAGGAUGCUUGCCAAAUAUAUAUAUAUAUAUAUAUAAAAUGAGGAUUUUUGAUGUCUGCUACAAAUAGCAUAUACUUCCCCAAAGCAAUUGGAGUGGAGAAAAAUCUCUUAAAUACAAUGUGUAACACGGCUUUAGAGUGUUGGUAGCAUUGGAAAUGCUCUCUUUGGGUGGCAUUACUUCUGCCAGUCGUUUGUCUGCAGUUUUGUAAGUUAUAACUAGUUUUAUUUGGUUAGACUUUGGUUGGUGAUCAGCACUGAACUGUCCUGACUCACAGGUGGGUGUCAGUGCUGUCUCCUAGAGAGGGUGCAGUCGGUUGUUCCAGCACAGCUGAUCCAGACAGGUCACCUCUGACCCUGGAGGGACGGCAGAACAGGAGCUUUUGUGGGAUGCCAGGAGGCACCUGGGCACAGGCUCAUCAUGGCUUUAGUGCCCCAACUUCCACAACCUCAGUCUCGACCUCUCUUGGGACUUCUCUGCCCUCUCAAACUGGAAUCAUCCAACCCACAAUUCCUUACAGAGCUUCCUGGCAAACAUGGAGUUUGGAGGAGGCAGAGUCAUCCUGCACCAGUUCCUCUGUGGGAUCCUGGACUGUCUAAUAAAGGGGCAGUUUAAUACUGAGCAAGUUGUGAAACAUACAGUGGAUUUGUUUGCAUAAUGAGUCUUUCUGUAAUCUACUGUGUUCUGAUUUUAAAUAAAAUAGCAUAUCUCUUGGUGCCCUGUU